GUCACCACAGCAUCUGCUCACCAAUGCAAAGUAAGCAUGACUGCUGUCUUUCUGAUGUCCAUGCUUUUUGGCCUUGCAUGUGGGCAAGCGAUGUCUUCUUGUAUUCCAACUGAGUAUACAAUGCACAUCGAAAGGAGAGAGUGUGCUUAUUGCCUAACCAUCAACACCACCAUCUGUGCUGGAUAUUGUAUGACACGGGAUAUCAAUGGCAAACUGUUUCUUCCCAAAUAUGCUCUGUCCCAGGAUGUUUGCACAUAUAGAGACUUCAUCUACAGGACUGUAGAAAUACCAGGAUGCCCACUCCAUGUUGCUCCCUAUUUUUCCUAUCCUGUUGCUUUAAGCUGUAAGUGUGGCAAGUGCAAUACUGACUAUAGUGACUGCAUACAUGAAGCCAUCAAGACAAACUACUGUACCAAACCUCAGAAGUCUUAUCUGGUAGGAUUUUCUGUCUAAUAGUGAUAUAAUUUGCAAUUUGGUUAAAUGUGCUUGCCUGAAAUAAAGCUAAUAAAAAUAUUAUGUUUCACAUUA